AUGGCCCCAAAACCAUCAUCCUCAACCCCCGCAUCAUCACAACCAACCCUCAAACCCCCGUCCUCCAAACCGCACCCCUUCAACAAGAACCGCAUGGCCCUCGGCGCCUACAUCGACUCCCCCGAAUCCUUCCCGCCCUCCAUCGUCAUCUACCACACCGCCGACUUCGUCGUCAUCCACGACAAAUUCCCAAAGGCCACGGUGCACACCCUGCUCUUGCCGCGAUCGCCCCGGCAUCGCCUCCUGCAUCCCUUCGAGGCGCUCCAGGACGUCGAGUUUCUGGGCAAAGUACAGGCCGAGGUGGACAAGCUCAAGGUCCUUGCCGCCGGGGAGCUGCAGAGGAAGUUGGGCAGGUUCAGUCGCUCCGAUGCGAGGCGGGAGGCCGUUCUCAACGGAAAGGAGACAACAAAGGAACCUCGGCUUCCCCAAGGAAGAGACUGGCUCGCGGAGAUACGCUGCGGCGUCCACGCCGUCCCGAGCAUGGGACACAUGCACGUCCACGUCUUCUCGCGCGACAUGCACUCGCCGUGCCUCAAGCACCGCAAGCACUACAACUCGUUCAACACGCCCUUCCUCGUCGACAUUGCCGAAUUCCCGCUCGCAAGGGAGGACAUUCGGCGCGGCAGAGGCACCCGCGAGGAGAGCUUCAUGAAGAGGGAUCUGGUGUGCUGGCGCUGCGGCAGGAAUUUUGGCAAUCGCUUCAAGGAGCUCAAGGGGCAUCUCGAGGACGAGUUUGAGGAGUGGAAGAGGGAGUGA